GACUCUUUCAGCGAGUUAUUGAAUUGUUCCAGUCGAAAUACGCGUAUCGGACAACAGCGGAUGCAGUACUAGAACGGCUGUCAAAUUCCGCACAUAAAAAUCGGCCCGCAGAUACCCGACGUGGCCCGGCCCGACACGAUUUGGUAUGUUGGAAAGCAACAUAUACAGUGCGACUUCCUUUGACGAAGCAUAGCGAACAAUACACACCACCAUCGCGCUAAGCUAACCGAUUUAUCAGUUCGGAGUCUUGUCAGCGGGGGGGCCACAUACAUAUGUUGGUACAAAUCUUGGAACCAGGAUCAAUCAUCGCUAUCCCCACCACUGAAGUCACUGUGCUUGUUGCUAUCAAUGAUUUUAUUCGCUUGAAUUGAAAUCGGUCGUUUUGCGCUGAGACGAUGACGACGAUCUGGCAGAGUUUCUUGCGCAGCGGUGCGGCAACAACGUUAUCGUUACAUCGCCGUCCUGUUAGUCGGCUCCCGCCCCGUAGCCGUACGUUGUCGUCACAGUUGUCGGAAGUGAUUUGUGUUGCUGCGGAAAGUACUUUACUUUAGCGCCCUGCCCUUUGGAGUGUCGUUAGUGAUGUGAUGUCGAGUGCAAGUGGCGCAUAAGUGGAAUCGACAAACAAUAAAGGGGCUUCGUCACUAGUUUCCCAAUCACGAAUGGAGGCUACUGAUCGACAUUAUAUAGCGACGCUCGACGUUGGCACUACGACCAUUCGGUGCUUUAUAUACGCGACAAGUACAAACGGAGAACCAGCCUCGAUCGGCACGGCCUAUGAUCAGGUUCAAUUAAUUUAUCCAGCCCCGGGAUGGGUUGAAAUUAACCCGGAUAAACUGUGGACCAGUGUGUUGCAAACCAUACGCAAAGCAACCGAAGAUGCAAACCUAUCCAUGGAUCAACUUACCUGUUUGGCCAUUUCGACACAGAGAAAUAGCUUUACUUGCUGGAAUCGUAACACAGGCCAAGUGUAUCACAACUUCAUCACAUGGAAAGACUUGCGGGCCGAUCAGCUCGUCAAAGAUUGGAACAACAGCCUCAUGCUGCGCGUAAUCAAAUUAGGAGCGAGCUUUUUACAUUUUUUCACCCGUAGCAAACGAUUUCUGGCUGGCAGUGUCAUCAAGCUGAUGAAUCCACAGGUUACGCUGCGAUUGUCCUGGGUGCUGCAGAAUAAUCCUUCGCUUAAAGAGGAUCUGAAAACCGGCAACGUGCUUUAUGGGACGAUUGAUUCCUGGUUGCUGUACCGUUUGCGCCAGGGAACCGAUCCUGCUGGACCAGUAGAGCACAUAAGCGAUGUGACUAAUUGCACCUCGACCGGAUUCUAUGAUCCUUUCGGUGAAGAGUGGGCUGGUUGGGCUCUGAGUCUAUUUUCCAUUAAGAAAGAAUUACUACCGAAAGUGGUGGAUAAUUCGUACGAUUUUGGCCACGUGCAUGAGACACUUCUGGGAACGAAAAUUAAAAUAGCCGCAUCGGUUAGCGACCAGUCAGCUUCGUUGUGGGGCACCUGUUGCUUCGAACGGGGCGACGUGAAGAUCACCAUGGGAACCGGUUCCUUCCUUAACGUUAACACUGGAACAAAGUGCCUUGCCUCGGUGCACGGGCUGUAUCCGCUAAUUGGCUACAAGCUGCAGAGUGGAAAGGAUUCGAUGGUGGACAUUAACUACCUCAUGGAGGGUGCGUCCAAUGAUACGGGUUCCAUCAUCGAAUGGGCGCUCAAUAUGGGCUUCUUCGAGGAUCCAGCAGAAAGCGCCAGUAUGGCGAUGUCUGUCCCCAACUCAGACGGUGUCCUGUUCGUACCUGCAUUCAGUGGACUUGGGCCACCAAUACAGGACGAUUCCGCCGGUAGUGGAUUCAUCGGGAUUAAGCCGUCCACGCGUAAAGAGCACAUGGUUCGAGCGCUACUAGAAAGUCUCGCUUUCCGUGUGGCACUACUGCACGACUGUGCCCUAAAGGAAACGGGUUUCUCGUUCACCAGCAUCAAGGUUGAUGGAGGAGUGUCAAAGAACGAUUUCAUCUGCCAAACGCUGGCCAAUCUAACAGGCAUUGUGGUGGAAAGGGGUGAAGUGACAGAUUCCACGGCGAUGGGUGCAAUGUUCAUGGCGGGGUUAAAUUGCGGCAUCUGGAACACGAAGCAACAGCUCGUCGAUGUAAGGAAAGUGGAGAAAAAAUUCUCCCCAGAUAUGACCCAGAGAACGAAGCAGCUGAAGCAAAUGAGAGGUUGGGAGCGGGCGGUGGACCGUUUUAAAAAAUGGUACAUACUUGAGGACAUUAAAAACCUAGACUGAUAAUGUGAUAUUUUUAUACAGUGAAAUAGCAAUAAACAAAUAAAAAAACAAUGGAUGGUUGUAAACCGGCAAUCGUAUCAGCUUAAA